GGGCUGGGGCGGCCCUUAGCGGCGAGCGCGGGAAGCUGCGGGCGGUUCUUCCCCCUCCCAACAAGGCCAAGGCAAGAGCAGGAGCGAUGGAGAAGGAGGAGGAGGCCGGUGCCGCGCCGAGGCGGCGGCGCCGUCGCUCAGUGCCCCGCAACAGCUCGGAGCGGUCCCCGAGCCCCGACCGCCUGGACGUCACCUCGCAGCGCUUUGACCCGCUGCUGGCGCUGUACUCGGAGCGGACGCCACUGCCCUACCCGGCCGUGCCCUGCUUCAACAACCUGGCCGAGUACGAGAGCUUCCAGCGCGGCCUCCUCCGCGGUCCCGUCCGUCAGCGAGGGGCCGCGGCCCGCAGCAGCCGCCCUUCCGGGACGCGCGCCCGCAGCCGACCUGGCCGUGCCCCCGCCGACCCCGAGCGCCUCGAGCGCCUCCGCAGCCUCAUGGUGGCCAAGGAGCCCCGGCGGGAAGCGGCCACGAAGGCCAGGAGGGUGCCGCGCAACGUCCUCACCAGGAUGCCCCUUCAUGAAGGCAGCCCACUUGGAGAACUUCACCGCUGUGUCCGAGAUGGUGUUAAAGUGAAUGUCCAUGUCCGAACUUUCAAAGGGCUUCGUGGCGUAUGCACUGGAUUCUUGGUUGCAUUUGACAAAUUUUGGAAUAUGGCCCUGACAGAUGUGGAUGAGACAUACCGAAAACCUGUUCUGGGCAGAUCUUUUUACGUUGAGCCACAGUUGACUCUCACUAGAUUGUUUGACAAACUUAGGCUGCAGGAAUCCCUGGUUAAGAAAGAAACUGACUCAAAGAUGACUGCAGAGCUUCCAGGCCUUUCACAUGACCCUAGGACACUUGGGCGGAAGGCCAGGCCAGGUCGAGGAAGAUCAGAAGAGCACCGUGAAUCACGGAAGCAUUCAAGCAGAGAGCAGGCCCGGAGCUCUAGCUUGCCUCGAGCCUUUGGGAAGGAAGUUGAUCUGCCUGGCAGAAUCUUACAUACAGAAGGGACAAGCGCAAGUGGCACACGAGGUCGAUCACGGAAAAAGCGGAGACCCAGAGUGGAUUACCAGCAAGUUUUCACACGACACAUAAACCAGAUUUUUAUCCGAGGGGAGAAUGUCUUGCUUGUUCACCUAUCACAUUGAGCGGACUGAGCCUGUUUAACCAAUAGCAUGAAUUGCAGCAACAGCUGUGUGAUAAUGAGCAGUGUUAUGAAACAGAGGCUAUGAAUGACAUUUCUGUGUGCUCAUUGAGAAGCUUUUUAAAGUGUUUACUAGAAGGGAGAAUGAGAAACAGUCUUGUGAAACAGGAGCUCCUUGAACCAGGUGUGACACCCCAGGUCCUGCAGGACUCGUGGACCUUUCUGAAUCGUGAUGCCUGGAUACGGGACAGCAAUUGUGUAUAUUUUAAGUGUGUACCAUGAAACUAGAGAAAGGUGCCAAACAUUCUGGGUUUGCUAAGCAGCUACAAAAAAGAAGCCAGUUGGCUUCAUUGCUAGAAUGGUAGUAAUCUAAAAUUAUGGGAAAGCAUGUUUCAAAAAUAAGGGAGUUAACGAAGUUGUGAAAAGGAGAAAUGGCUUUAGGUUUUAGCUUGCUUGCAUCUUGUCUCCCUCAUCCCUUUCAAUAGUGUGCACAGCUGGCCCCAAAGAGGCACUACAGCCUUGAGCUGCAGUACCUUCUUGUGUUGAAACUUGUCCUUGGAGCAAAAAUGAAUGGAUGCAGAAGUGGGUUAUCGUUGCAUGGCAACAUUCACUAGAAGAAGCCUCCAUUUCAUCUUUGUGUGUUUGUGUGUAUGUGAACAAAAUAUAAGUUUUGCCUUUUCUUUGAUACUAUAACGCUUGUUCUUUUAACUCAUGAUUCCCUGCUUUUUCCCUGCACAACACCAGCGAACAAUGAAUGUAGCUAACACUGUAACUUCCCUACCUAGGGUUUGUCUCAGUGUAUUAAAAGUUGGUUGAAACAAUUUAGUCUCUUAAAGUUGCUCCUGUCCUUUUCUGUGGCAGAGAAAUGUAAUCUAAGUUGAUGUGCAUGUAUUGCUGGAACUGUUUGCAAGAAUGGGUGGUGUUCGUACUGGGCAGUGGUACAUUGCUUUGAGAUGCUAGUUCCUCAAUAUAUAAUGGCAGUCACAGAUAUUGCUACAUUCGGUAUUGAGAAGGUUGUUCCUGAUGUCUUCUAGAUUAUCAGUGAUAUUUCUCCAAUGGGGUUCUCCCUGAGAAGCAUGUUUACGGCUACUGCAAAGCAUGAAUAGUGAUUAUUUAGAAAAAUCAAUUAUUAUUCUUCCUUAUCAGGUAAUCAGAAGAACUGUGUAAGAUGUAAAAAUGUUUAUGUAUAAACUGUUUGCCAAGAAAGAUUUCAUGGUGCUAUUUAAGGUUGCCCUAUGUUUACAAUGUGUAGAUAUGUAUGUAUAUAUAUAUGGCAUGUAUAUGGUGGUGUUCUGGUAGCUAGACUUUCCCUCAAUAUUUUACAAUGCAAAGAAUAUUCACUAAAAGCAAAGGGCAUUUUCAAGAUCUUUGUAUUAUGGAGCUAAUAUACACCCUGGAAUAACGUAGCAAUCUUUUGGUCAUAGAGGCUUUCCUCAGACACAAGGCAAAUUAGAGAAUUGUUACUGUUGGAGGAAUCUUGGAAUUAGAUGCUGUCAUCUGUCCAAAUCCAGCUCAAGGAGGUAGAGAUUGAACAAUGAAGGAAAGAACUAGGGGAAGAAAUGGAACUAAACUGGCAGUGAAAAAAACAAAUGCCCAUGUACAUUAAUAUAUUAAGUGUAGCCUCCUGACCUGACUUGUAGUCUCCCGUGUAAUAUUCAAGAUAUCUUUCUUGGACUGUAUCUUCUGUUUAUAAAAAGCAGGAUUCUGAUUUUUUUUCUUUGCUUUUUUCUCAUUUUUUUAAACGAAAACAAUUGGGCAUAGCUUCUUAUUCCUUGAGCAGCCUGUUUCUGCCUUUUCCAGAUUUAAAAUGUUCCAGUAACUUUGCUACGAAGACCAUUCCUUGAUUUUUUCUAAGAAGUACUGAUGGGCAGAUCUAAAGGAUUUCAUGUCUGUUCUGUUAUUUCUUGACUUCUCAAUUGUAGCGGUUGUUUCAACUGCACUUCUAUUCAAUCUAGCAGUGUUUGAUUCUACAGCCCAAAGGAUUUCCUUUAUUUUUUUUUGGAUAAUAGAUGUUUUUGAUGAUCUUUUCUUUUCCAUUAUUCCACUGCAAGGGUGAGUCAUAAGUAAUAAUAUAGUGGACCUUCUGUAUACUUUGUAUUAUCACAGUCUGGUCUCCAGCUCCUCAUGACUGAAAGCCAAAUGAUUUCGCAUUUGACGAAGAGAAAAUAAAAUACUUUAUAAGGUUUUACACUUUUGCUUCUGGAAGCUGAAGGUACUCUUUGAUUUGAUUUUCUGUACCAGUUUACUUUAUGGAUCUUUGCAGAGCAUGCAGUCCAUUUUCUGCAUUCACAGCAAAUAUUUGUUUUCUGUAAUAUCUUAUUUAUGGUUCAAAGUGUGCACUACUAUUGCCAUUGUCUUCCAAAAACCUUUCCUGGAACUUGAUCCAGCAAUUAUUUAAGUGCAAGAGUUUGUGAAGGCACUGGGUUCCUCUUCCUGUGUAAGCUUCCAUUCAUUUCCAUGGAGGAAUGGGAUUAGCCUACAUAAAGGAAGGAAUCUGUAGAUAGGAAAGUAUGGAUUGGAUUCUACACAUCAGCUCCGCUGGCAUAUUGCUUCUGCAUAAUGAGCCACCCUCCACAAGUGGUAGACACUGUUCUUUUGAUAGGGAAGUUCUUGCACUAGCAGGGUACUCCUUGCAUUAGAAGAACAAACUGUCAUUAAUUCAUUAAGCUGAGUGGAGUGAUCAGUCUCAGUCCCUUGUGUAUGUCAUAGGCCUCACAGGGCUAGAAUGUCUCAGUUGACUGGUUGGUUGGUUUUUUUGCUCAAGUACCAAGCAAUCAGUACCUUAAAACUGUCCUCUUUCAACUGCUCUUUUGAGGUAAACUGGCUGUUUACCACUUUCAUACAAUUCUUUGGCCCUUACUUUGUUGACAUAUGGUAAAUCUGAUAUUUCUGCUAUCACUGCAACAUUUUUCUUUGCUUCUGUUAUUAAAUUUAACUAUCAUCAUUCUUCCUGCUCAUAUCAUUAAUCCUUCUGAUAAUCCAGUGUCUUGUUUUUAUGUAUUAUGUACUGUCACCAGGAAGAGAUUUUCCUACCUUGAACUUUUGGUAGUAUUUCAUAUUGACUGGUGUGUCUUCUGUUGUUAACUGAGACCAGUAAUUCAAAGGUGCUAAGCUCAAUUUCCAGUAGGUUGUUUUAAAAUACUAAGGUUUCAUCUUUCCCCCUCCUUUUCCCCUGCCCCCAACUUACUCAGGAUACUUUUGCACAGAAUCAAGAUGUUACUUCUGUCUUGUCUGAGAGGAAAAGAAACAAAGACGGGUAUUGUGGCAUCUUAAAGACUAAAAGCUUGUGCCACAAUAAAUCUGUUAGUCUUUAAUAUGACAUAAGGCUUCAUUUUGUCAUUUUGACAACAGAUUAAUGCCACUGCUAUGCAGGAAUUUGUCUUCUUUGGCUACUUCUUUUCCAAAACAGGAGUGUGAGAUCAAAAUAGUUGGUGUGAAUGCCUAAAUAAUGACAACUUCAGUAGCAGUUAGGAGCUGAAUUCAAGAACAAAGAAAUCUGUGGCAGAAGAUGCCAAGUAGAAUAGCAAUUGAAAGGAUUUGCAUCAUAAACUAACCGUAUUCUUCCAGGAUUAUUUCUGAGUUAAUAAUAUUUAAUAUGGUUUAUAUGAUCAAGUAACUUUUCUAAUGGUUAGUUCUUGGUCUGACCUCAAAAACAGCAAAGUGAAAAAUCCUGCUGAACAACCCUGCCUCAUAGACAUGGAAUACUAUGCAAAGUGAUUUCUCCUUGUUCUCUGCUUUGUUCUGUUUGAAUAAGAAUUUGUGGAGAAAUUUGUAAGAUUCAAGAUAACUGUCAGUGAGAGGGUUGAUAUUCAGUAUCACUGAAGUCUCCACAGGGAGGUUGCUGAAAAUCAGUUUGGGUGUACCAUUUUAUGUACAUGGUUGGUGACAUUCCUAGAUGUUCUGUACCCACAUUAACUCAGUUGUGUGCAGAAUUUCCACAUCAGCUGUGGGGCUGUAUGCAUACUUUCUAAUACUAUGACUACAUGUGGAGUCUGAUCACAAAGAAGAAGGUUUUGGCAGUCUCCUCAUUGGGCCUGUAGUAUCUUAAACUGACUUUUUAAACUCAGUCUGGCCAGGAUCCUGGUCUGUGGUUUAAAAGGACCUGGUCUGUGGUUUAAAACUACAUCCACCAGUGUGAAAGAUAAAGCUUUGCCCUACCUUUUCCCUGCUGUGCAGUACUUGAAAAUAUUUUGUCAACAGUUAGUAGCCUUGUGACCAUAUAAAAAUGGCUUUAUGAGAUGAAUGUGAGAGGACUUUGAAUUAUUAGUAUUCUGUAUGGAUUCCUUUAAAAUGCUUGCUGGAUCCGUGCCUGUCAUUUUUGAAGUGUUGACUAUAAUUCAUUAUAUCCAUCUAAUCUGAUUCUAUGAAAAUAUAAUGAUUUGUCUUGCUUUUAACCAUUUUUGCCACAAAAAGCACUCAAAAGGGUGUGGUUACAUUUUACCAGUGAAUCUUACUUCCAUAAUAUACUCUGUGCUGCUCACAGAGUAAGUUUGAAAAUGACUGAAACAUGUUUUAAUUCUGUUCCCCAAAUUUGCAAAGAAGGCCUAUUGGGAAUGAAGACGUCAAAAAUCCAGCUUCUUUUCAGCACUUGGAAUACACCAGUGCCUUGCUGAAGCUUGUUUAACUUCCUCAAAAUGGAUGAGAGAGGCCUACUUGAGUGGGGGAGUAAUAGGGGUGGCUUGUCUCCUGAUGUAUACAAGCCUUUUUAGCUGUCUCCAAAAAUGUUAUUGCUCUCUGCUGACAGAGGUGAAAGCCUGUCACAGAAGGGAAAAAAAUGGCUUAUGAUGUUCCUGGAUAGCUGUUUUAUUAACUUCACAACAUGGAAUAGUAUGACUUAGCUGAGGAAAAAUUAGUACACCUGAGACUCUCAGCCAGUCUUGUAUUCGUUUAGAGUGAAAAGUAGUUUGAUCAGGUUGUGUUAAAACAUAUCUAGCCUUUUUCUUCUCCUCUCUCAAAAGAUUGGAGUUCUCCCUCAGGAAAAAAUAGUUGAAAGCUGCCCAAGGCUUCUUUAGCAAUUGCUUUUGAUUUUCACUACUUCAGAGCAAAAUGCAGCAGUAUCCCCGUAUCUUCCUCUUGAUAGAUCAAUUUUAAGUUAAGAAACUGAGAAAAAAAAUACUCCAACUUCCCUCUUGGCAUUCUUAAGAAUUUCUCUUGCUAACUCAUGUGUUGCUGGUGCAUUCAUGAGCAGUAUAAUCAUAUUGGCUGGACAAUGCCUGAAGCCAUGUAUAUAAGCACUCUACUUGACAGAUUGAAGCCUCUUUAAUUGUUACAGUUUCCCCAAUCGGAUCUUGGGACUUGCAGUUUUGCAAUAGUGGGUUGGAUCCAGAUUAUUAGGUUAGAUCUGAAAGUGCCCUUCUGCAUGUAGAAGGACAUUUUUGGAUCCAGCCCCAGGGUUUGGAUCUAACACAAUACUGAAAAGUGCCUACCAUGUUCAAACAGAACUAGAGUUCUUGGUAUUCUUUGCCUGGAAUCUAUGAAGCUCAAUAUUGGUAUUCAUUUGUAGUAUGUGUGUAGUCCUUGUUUCAGCUGCUGGGUCUCUUGGUCUUUGCCCAGCCUACUUUUCUCUGUUUUCUUGUGUGUAAAAUGGAGAACAUUUGCACUUUUUUUUAGAAGAGAAAAAUAUUUUUCAAAAUUAUGUACAAUCAAGUAUGUAGGCAAACAAGGGCCCAGCAAGAAUACAAUCCUGUUAAAAUGUGUUUAUGAACCAAAAUCUGCUACUCUGUUGAUACUCUGUUGAUUAUAAAAAUAACACAUUUAGCCCAUAAUGCUUGAACAUCUUGAAGAUCAGCACCAGGUAUAAUAAUACAAACCAUAGUAUAUUGGAAAUAUCAGCUUCAGCCUUUUUUGUAUGUGUGUCAGAAAUAAGGUCCUUGAUGCUCUUGCCUCCUGUUGUACAGAUAUCAAGCAUAUAACAAUACAUGCAAGGCAAAGCCCUGCUGUUUAUAUUUUACCAUUGUACUUGGGAACAAGAUGAUAAAAUGAGCAGAACUAUGAAAGUUGCUUCCAAAUGUGUCUGUCUUCCUCUGUGUGUCAUUUUCUAAGAAAGACUUGCUGCUAUGAGCCUAUUGAUGAAUGUGCAACAUUUUUGCUUGAUGGAUGUAAAAAAGCUGUGUACAAAAGGUUGCAAUCUCUAUGGCAAUAAAUAUAUUGAUGUAA